AGUUCAGGGAAGAAGAACGAUACUGUCAGACAGGGUGCAAUCGAUGGCUCGUGCUACUGUGGUAGGACGGGGUUAGUUCCAUCAGAGAAGGGGUGCAACUCACAGGAUCUUGCUGCUCGGCGCAGGCAGAUGGGAGCCCAAGGAGACGAGACAGAGCCUGUGGUGUUCAGGAUAGCAGAGCAAACCAACAGAUUGCUUGAAGCUCGCAGGAAAAAGGAGAACGCGCGGAAGAUGGCUCGGCUCAUGAAGAACUUCAACUACGACUUGCUCCGUGGAGGGGAGGAUGUGGAGAGCGAGGUCCAGAAGACGAGAGCCGAGGACGUGGAAGUGGACGAGGCGGAGGCCGAGAGGCUGCGGAAGUUGAGGGAGGUGGAAGAGGAGAUAGCCGCAGGGGCUGUCGUGAGGGAAUCCGCCCAACCCAACAAGUACGAGAGUCCUUUGGUCACCCAGCUGAGGGGUGUGGAGACAGUGGACGAGAUGUAUAACCUGGCAGAUAAGAUAAUUCCUCUUGUCUCCAUCAGGGGUUGAAGCUAAACUGAUGUUACCUACACAUCGCUUCCUUGCUUUCGUAACAUUAAGGGACAUCUUAUCAUGGCAGGAAUAAAAUAACAUUGCUAAAUAUAUUUUUAGCAGAUGCUUACUUUACACGUUUCUAAACGGUAAAACACACAUUCCGAAAUGUUUACUUCUUAACAAACCUUUAAAUCUGACUUUGCUUACUUCUAAAGCUUUCAAGUUUAGCGUUCCUUUGUCUACACAAGUUAUUUGGUUAUGAAUUAAGAGUUAACUGAUAUAGUAUGUAUUUGAUGAAACCUGUAUUUUAAUUUAUCUUCAUUUAUAUGUUUUAGAUCCCUAAUAUAUCCAUACAGAUAUUAAAUAGCAAUGUUAUUUUUUUUAGAUAAUUUCUUCUGUUUAUUAUAGAUAUUUUCUUAAAGCUUUCCAUCAAAUCCUGACUUUGACCAAUCUGUGUAGAAUUCUGGAUGUUUAGAUUUUAAAAUAGACCCGUUGAACUUAUGAAUGUAUGCCUUGAAUCCAUAGGAAUAAGUUGCAUUAAUUAAAAGGUUAAUCGCAAUGUGAUGUCAUGUAUACGAUAUGCUAUCCUUACUUUUUGUGACAGAAAUAAAAGUAUUAUCUUUGCAAACUCAAUAAACAAUAUUCAUUG